UAGAGAGAGAGAGAGAGAGAGAGAGAGAGCUGAUGAAAGAAAACGAGAGAGCGGUACCUGAACACACAAUCAUACUCUUGUAGCCUGCUUAUUUUUGAAAACAUUGAUAAACGGUGUGAUUUAAACGGCGAGGGAGACGGAAAUUAUUAAAGCUUGCAGUGAUCGAUACAAGGAAGAUCAGUAGACAUGUCAGAAAUUGUCCCCCCUGAAGUGAGACCCAAACCUGCUGUCCCGGCUAAGCCGUCUCAUGUGACCCCACCUUCUGGCGGUCCCUUUUUGACUUCACCCCAAGGGACGGGGGGUGAGGGUCAAGGGUCAGGUCGAGGAUCUACGUUGCUUGGAUACAUUGGUAUAGACACCAUCAUUGAGCAAAUGCGGAAGAAGACGAUGAAGACGGGGUUUGACUUUAACAUCAUGGUGGUUGGUCAGAGUGGCCUUGGCAAAUCCACUCUGGUUAACACCCUGUUUAAGUCACAAGUUAGCAGGAGGACCACAGCUUGGAGUCGUGAUGAGAAGAUUCCAAAAACUGUUGAGAUAAAGUCUGUAUCUCACGUGAUUGAGGAAGGUGGAGUGAAGAUGAAGUUAACUGUGGUUGACACACCAGGUUUUGGGGACCAAAUUAACAAUAAUAACUGCUGGGAGCCCAUAUCCAAAUACAUCAAUGAACAAUAUGAGAAGUUUUUGAAAGAAGAAGUCAACAUUUCUCGCAAAAAACGCAUCCCAGAUACCAGAGUUCACUGCUGCCUGUACUUCAUUUCCCCAACUGGACAUUCCCUUCGCCAGUUGGAUAUUGAGUUUAUGAAACAUCUGAGUCGUUCGGUCAACAUCAUUCCUGUCAUCGCAAAAUCUGACACGCUCACUCCUGAGGAGAAAACUGAAUUUAAACAGAGGGUGAGGAAGGAACUGGAAGCGUGUGGGAUCGAGUGUUAUCCACAAAAAGAGUUUGAUGAAGACAUGGAGGAUAAGAGUGAUAAUGAUAAGAUCAGGGAAGCAAUGCCCUUUGCCGUGGUAGGAAGUGAUAAAGAGUACCAGUUCAAUGGCAAACGAGUUCUGGGUAGAAAGUCGGCAUGGGGAAUGGUGGAGGUUGAAAAUCCAGAUCAUUGUGAAUUCUCCUUACUUCGAGAUUUCCUGAUUAGGUCUCACCUCCAGGACCUAAAGGAGGUCACCCAUAACAUUCACUAUGAGACAUACCGUGCCAAGAGACUCAAUGAUAAUGGAGGUCUGCAUCUCAUCUCCUCCUCCGCCAAUGAUACGCAAGAGAGUAACCUGUGAGGAAAACAGGAGAAGGCUAGUAAUGAUAGAUAAUAGACAAAAUGUUACAAAGUUUCACCUUGUACAAGCUGUGCAUGCUAUGAAGAUUUCAUUGCUGUGGAGGUUUUGUCCUCUUACUCCUUUUAACUCCUCGUGGAACCCGUUUGCAUCUCUUAUUGCACAACUCUGGAAAAUUGAAAAACCCUUCCCUAGUUGUUAAGCUCACUAUUGAGUUUCAUGAGCAAGAUUGUUCGUGAUAAUCUUUGCGCAGGUCUUGUGUAAGAUAAAAUGGUCCUAUGUACAAGCAUUUUAAACAGUGUCCACUAUUUUCUCCACUCUGAAAAAUGUAAACCUCCUUUAUCAAAACCUCUGUUACAUACUUUUGAGCAGUUUAAUCUAGUAAAUGGGUCACCACCUGGAGGAUCGCACUGCCACUGCAGCUUACUCAAUUGACCUUAUUUAUUAAAACAUUUAGCACAUUUGACAAUGCAAGAUGCCUGAAAUCUAACAUUAUCAAGAAAUUCUUAGUGUUAAAGUGUUUAGGGUUUUCAUCUCUGGCUCUGGACGAAUUUUCAUUUAUUUCUUGCUGUGAAACUCUGCAAAAGCAAGUCUCAGAGGACUCUUGACUAUUGAAGAAUAGUAUAUUUUUAAAGAUCCUUCCAAACAGGUUCAACAGUUAUAAUACAUGCCAUGAUUGACAGUGGCCAAUGUGUUUACAUUGCUGUUUAGCAUCACUAUGAUGGCCGAAUAUAAUUCAGGAUAAAACUGAAAGAGUACUGAUUAAAAUGAUCAGUGCCUUUGGAAAAUCAAAGUUGUGGCUUUAAAGUUUUCCUUCAGCACAUUUUGUAUGGGCACCCUAUGUGUGUGUGUAUGGUGUUGGCGUGGAUGCGUACAAAAGUCACAUACAUUUUUUCAAUUUGCUACAUGUUUUUUCUAACUCUUUUAACUUACCACCAUCACCCCCAGUAUAUUUUUCAUUGUGUGCCAAUAUUUCCAUGCCUUUGUGUAUUUAACAUUUUUACAUUUCAUGUUACCAUAGGAUUCUCCUACAUGAUCCAUGCACAUACUGAUAACUGUAUGAAACUUAUGUCAUUAUUUUCAUAUCACAUUUCAUUAAUGCUGGUGUGGAAUAAUAAACCGACUUAGAACAAAACAUUAUUUAUAUUGUAUUUAUGUUGUAUUUAUUAUAAUAAUUGUUUUAAUUUAAUAAACAUGUUUGCCAUAA